AUGCCAAUUUUUACACUCCCUAACCACGUAAAAUUCUUUUAUGAAGACAGUGGUGUACCGAAUAGAGAGAACUACAUCACCUUUUUCAUUAUCCAUGGGCAUACGUAUCAUAGUGGACUCUUCAAGCCACUUCUUCCAAUAGCACUUACUCGUGGGCACAGAGUUCUCCUGGUGAACCGACGAGAAUACCCUGGUUCUUCUCCAUACAGUCCGGCAGAGCUAAAAGUCUUUGCAGAAGGGCCCGACAAAGAACGAUACUGCCAGCUCAUCAAUGAUGGUCAUGACCUUGCAUUUCUUCUUGAUGGGUUAAUCCAAUCAUUGUCCCUUCCUGAAACUAACGGGGUUGCCAUUGUCUCAUGGUCAUUGGGAAAUAUGUUUGGACUUCCUCUGUUGGCCUCUAUUACUACCCUUCCUGUCGAUAUCCAAUGCAGACUGGGACUUUUUGUGAAAAGGAGCAUUUUAUGGGAUGUCCCAUGUGAGCCAAUGGGCAUUCCAUUUCCUCCAGGAACCUAUCAUCCCUUUGUGGAUGAGAGCACACCAAUUGAAAAUCGUGGUGCAGUGUUUGCAAAAUGGCUGACCUCUUACUUUCCACAUGGAGACCUCUCGAAGCAUGAUUUUUCGUCUUUGAACCAAUGUGAUCAUGAUGAUACCAGGAAACACACAUUUGAAGGUCUUCAUGAAGACGAUUUAGUCAAAAUCAUUGACUUAUCACCUGGUGCACGUUGUGACACACAUCUGUGUCAAACUCCUUAUCUUGCUGUAGAAAAAGAAGUUGCAAAUAAGGCUUUAUAUGAUCCAGAUAUAAGAGCUGCAUGGAAGAACAUGAACAUAUGGGCAAUGUUCGGUGAUAAAAAUCCUUGGAAUAUCAUCUACUGCUGGUGGACCUGGGAGGCAGAGUCUAAGGCAGCAGAUAGAAAGGAUCCAGCCAUUCACUUCACAGUGAAUGAGGGUGCCAACCACUUUUUCAUGUGGGACAAUCCCAAUGGAUGCAUGGACAAACUUGAACACUGCUGGAAUGAUUGA